UAUCUUGUGUUAAAAAUAUAUAAAAAAUACUUUAUAAAAUAAAAUAUAACAGUUACAAAUAGUUCAAGAAUGUGUUAAAUUCUUUGUUAAUUUGUAUUCAUAUGAAAAAUGGCUUUUAAUUACACUAAUUUAGGCCAUCAAGCUUUGGAAAAUAUGAUGCCAUUUUUUAAUACAUUGGCCAAUGGAGGCUCAGUACCACCACAGGUCAACUUUAUGAAUCAUUUAGCUGCCGCUAUUAACAAUACACCUACCACGCAUUCGGCUGUUACACUGCACAAUACAGCGCAAACUACACCAACAGCAACAAGUAGUUUUAAUGCAGCCAAAACUAUAACAAAAACAUCAAGACGCAAUCCAGAGCCGCCACCACCACCUCGUCUAAGUUCCCCUAGCCCAACAUGCAAUCAUGUCAAACCUAAUCAAGGCACUGCUCCCAUGGAUUUGGAAAAUGAUUUGGAGAAUGAAACACCCACGACAAUUGCUUCAUCCACGACAACAGCACAAAAUGACGCUAAACCCAAAAUAGCCACAGAUAAAAUGCCAUCAUUGAACAUGCCAGAUUCUAGUUUAUAUUUAAAUGGCCUAAUGGCUGGGCAAAUGUGCGCGAAUCCAGGAUUUAUGUUUUUUCCACCAAAUCCAGCGGCUGGCACCGCUACUGCAAACACCUUAAUGGAUCCGGCCACUAUGAUGGCUGCUAUGCAACAAAUGCAGCAAUAUGGAGCGUACGCAAAUAGUGGACUAACAGAUCCUACAUCCACAAUGGAUCCUACAAAACUAGGACAAACUGGUGUAGCAGACAAUUUUAACGGCGCUCAAGUGGCCACAAAGGAAGUAAUCAAAACCAAGAGCUGCAUGCUUUUGCCGCCCAACCCAAAUGCUCCACCACCAACCAUACGCGACAGACCACCCGGUUGCCGAACGGUAUUCGUAGGUGGCCUCCCAGACAUUAUAACCGAGGAAGUAGUACGUGAAAUAUUUGAAAGUUGUGGAGAAAUCUCGACUUUGCGCAUGUCCAAGAAAAACUUUUGCCAUAUACGUUUUCGCCAAGAAGAGUCCAUAGACCGUGCCAUUUAUUUGAGCGGUUAUCGAGUUCGUCUCAACAAUACAAAUGAUCAAGCUAGUUUCGGGCGUCUGCAUGUUGAUUACGCCCAAGCCAGAGACGACCAGUACGACUAUGAAUGCAAACAGCGACAAUUACAACGCGAACAACGUCAUCGCGAACGCAUGUCUUUGGAUCGUUUACGUUCCCAGUCUCCGCCACCCAUACCUCACUACACCGAUCAUGAAGCGUCUAUGGUGGCUGAUAGUUUACGCAGUAAUGACACCUUUGUUAAGGCUGUACAGACGAUAACCAUAUGGCUGGAACGUGGUGAUUGCACCAAACGCAAUGCCAAUGUUUUCUACUCGAUGAUACAAAGCACUCAUGCUCAUGUUAGACGUUUGACAGGCGACAAACAACAAUUGGAGGAGGAUUUGCGUAAAGCACGUGAAUGUUUUCGCAAACAAAUGUUGACCAUGUCCGCUCAGUUCACUCAGAUUGAAAAAGUGUUUAAUGCUGCUAGUCACAAGAAGGUUUGGGACCAUUUCACCAAAGCCCAAAGAAAAAACAUCGAUCAAUGGAAGAAAUUGGCCACGGAGUUGCGAUCAAUACAAAUUGAAGAUGAUGAAAUGGAAAUGUCUGAUGAGGAUCGUGAUUAUCAAACGGUUUCACAUUCAAAACGUAAACGUUACGAUAGUGAUAAUUUAAAGGAUGAAAACGAAUCUUUACGUCAUCAAUUGGAAGCCAUGCGCAAUGAAAUGAGUCUCGAGCGCACUGAUCUCAAAUAUAAUAGUGAUUUUCGUGAAAAGCAAAUGAAAGUUCUGCAAGAAACCAUACGCAACAUGCAGACACAAUUGUUGCAAACUAAAAUGCGUGAACAGAAAGAUGCCAAAACCAUAGAGCAACUGGAGAAACGUUUAAAAGAGGCGGGAGUUAAACAGCUAUUGCUGAAAACCAAAAUUCGUGAAACAAAUGAAAAACUAAAAGAUCGCGAAGCCUGUGCCUCAGUGUAUUCCGAGUCGAGUGAAAUACAAGAUUUAGAUGAGGAAAUAGUAUCACAGACAACCUCGAAAAAACAAGACAAUUCGCAAAUUAUAGACAUUGAUGUGGACAAAAGUGACGAUGAAGUGAAGAUCAUAGAAGAUAUUCAAGAAGUUGAAGAAAUCCGUCAAAAAUCCAAAGAAAAAGAAAACAUUAAAGAACAGAAGGAUAAAGAGGAAAGAGAAAAAACCUUAACCUUAGAAGUAACAACAGCCGAUGAAAAACAUCUAAAUAAAAAAUCCAUGACAACUUUAAUUGAGCCAUUGCCUUUAGAUGAGGCUAAACUUAUAGCAUUGGCCACAGCAUAUUUGCUAAUACAACCCAAUGGAUCCUCUACUCAGACCAUUUGUGCGUAUAUCAAAAAUAUCUGUAAAGACCCUCAACUACAAGAGCAACAUUUAAAUAACGUUCUACAAAAAUAUUCAAAUAUUUUUCAAACAAAUGCCCUUAUUGAAGAAUCCAUGGAUGUCAAGGACCACCAGGGUGUGUUUUGGAAAUGCUGCGCUUUAACUAUGCAAUCAAAUUCAUAAAUUUAUUUUUUAUCAUUUAAAUUCAAAAUUAAAUUUUAAAAAUUUUCGGAACAAUCAACUGAAAAAGAGACCAUUUUACAUACAUAUAUUACACCGUGCGAAAUUGAACUUGAACUAGACCAUAUACACAUAUAACUACAGAUAUUAUUAGGUAGAACUGCGUUUUUAUUUUCUGAUAUUUUCUUCCUUUUAAAGGAAUUUAAAGUUUUAAAGAUAAAAAAUGUCUUAAAUAGGGUUGUUAUUUAUUCGAGUUUUAUUUUAAUCAAAUAAAUGCUUACAUUUGCUUUUAUUAUUCGAGUGAUUGAUUAAUUUUUAAAAGGUUUUUUAAUUUUAAAGAGUCUUUCAUUAAGCUCUUCCUAUCUUUAAAUUUCAAUAUAACAAAGUGUGUGUGAGAUAUCAUCUACAUUUUUUAUUUGUGACUCGCAUCCGAAAUGUCCAAUUUUCCUAGACUCUGGCGCAAAAAUCAGGCUUCAGGCAUGAAAUCUUACGAUCUCGGAGGACGGUUCAUAUGACCUCCUGGCCAAAGUCGCCAGCCCAAAAUCCACACCAAACAGUGAUUAUUUUGGUAUGUAUUGGAAGCUCUUGGAUCUCAUGUGGAUUGGUAUCGUCCCAAACUCGACAAUGCUGUUUGUUGACGCCUCAUAGCUGAAGAUGAUUUUUUGAUAAAAAUUGGGGCCAGUUUCCAAAUGCUUUUAGGCCCAAACUGAAUAAAUGACAGCGAAUUUGACAGAUGUAUCUUCAACAAUAUCAACGGUCAAAGUUCGAAAGACCCUAUUUGAAGACACUUUAUAUAGAUAGAAUUAAUAUGUACUAUAUUAGAGCAUUUUAAUUAUAUAAAUUUUCCUUAUAUAAUUUUGAUUUAAAGACUUUAGGUUCCAAAGUAUUUUUAACCCGAAUAAUGCUUUCAGUAAUUUUUUAAACCUUUUAAAUGAAAAUUAUUCUGAAUUAUAUUUAUAUUGUUUAUUAUUAAUUGGAAAAUCAUUCUAACUCAUUGUAAGGUGUUUGUGUUUAAGGAGUCCUUCAUAAUAUUGUGAUCUUGGUGUGUUAAUCCAAAUUGUUUUCUUAGAAAUUUGUAUAACCUUUAAACUUUGAAGUCCUUUAAAAAGAAUAAGAGAACAGAAAAUGAAAAACUAAUAACGCAGUUUUACUAUAUUCGAUUUCUAGUUUCAUGUGUAUAUGGUCUCGUUAAAGUAAAGUAAACAAAUUUGAAAUUGUCUCACGGUGUUAUAUAAUAUUAACAUUUAUUUGUUUGUUCUAUUUUUGUAAUACAUACAUAUAAAUUAUAGAAGUAUGUAUAUUAGGAUGGGUCGAAUUGUAUGGACGAUCAAAAUGUAAAAAAUCGUAUAGCAGAAACGCAAUCUACGGAAAAUUCUAAGAUAGUUUCCCUAAGAAACCAUAGGUCUAAAAUCAAAUCAUAUCUUGCGCAUUUCGUUUAUCCAAUAAAAAAAAAACUAUUAAAAAAAUAAAUACUGAAAUAUCAUUGGAUAAAAGACGAAAUGUUCAAGAUAGGAUUUGAUUUUAGAGCUAUGGUUUCUUGGGGAAAAUUUCUUAGAAUAUUCCGUAGAAUGCGUUUCUGUUAUACGAUUUUUCGUGAAAAAAAUCGAACCACCCUAAUGUAUAUAUUGAUUAUACAUAAAAAUUUAAAAAAAAACAUAUACUCCUGCAAUUAACAAUUUAAUUGGAAUUGAUAAUAUAAAAAACACGAAAUAUAAAGAUUAUAAAUUUUCUAGCAAACGUUUCUUAAUGUUACAAGACAAAUUAAUAAAUAAAAGAACAAAUAUCAAACAUUGUACUGUAUAA